GUAUUUAUUGUGUAUUAUAUUUAACAGCUACUCUUUGCCCACUCUGGCUUGAAUAAGUUUUUCGUGUUAAUUUAAAUUUUUAGUUAUAAUAAUCUUCAAAUAUGGCUAUCAUAAAGCCCUUGAAGAAAAUGGAGGGAUUGUUUUCUAUGAGAAAUUUGUACAGAUUUAUACUAUUAUUUACAUACCUGACUGACUCUGCAGUAAAUUCAGCGAUUGCAACAUCCAGACGAGCGUCCAUACCAAAAAAGUCUCCUUAUUCUCAAUCCGCAUGGACAUCUCAUUUUGAAUGCCCUCCGAAUCACUUUGUUAUCGGGACUCAACUUUUGUUUAAAAAAUCUUCAAAUGAAAUAAUUGAGAAACAGAAAAGGACAAGGAAUCCAACUGCAAAAUUAGACCUAGGGUUUGAAACGGUGUUUGGAAUUAAGGUUGAUUGCUACUCAUUUGAGAAUGGGACUCUGGUCAGUGGAAAAUUUAUCCCUGGAUUAAUCUACAACAAAGAUAAUAAUGAGGAUGGCAAAAAUUAUGCGACAUUUGACGAACCAGAUUCAAAUUCCACUCAAUUAUACAAUGUUUGCACGAAUAGUUUCGAAUUAGGGAAUCAUUUUGGUUUCGGGGUCGGCGUUGAAAUGAAAUAUUCUCCGGUGUCGAGCGAAGUUACUGAUUUCGCGAUGUACUGCAACACAAAGGAAAGUCUGGAGCGGAUUUAUCCCUUGAAUAGAAAUUUUGCUGGGAAGCCAAAUGCAGUUGGGGUGUGGAAAUUACCAAAAUUGUGUGCCUGGAGCGAAUACAUUUGUGGCCAACGGCUUCGGUAUGACACCAUUUCGUAUGCCGUAAAGGAUAUUAGGAUCAAAUGUUGUAGCGCAUUCACCGAGAAUGUGGGAUGGCGGAGCUAUCGUGGUGCCACUGACGGAAUAAUUUUGCAAUCCAUUCCUCCCCCCUCGUCAAUCAUAGCUUCGUUAGGAGUUCCUGACCGAAGUGAGUAUCAAAAUGGUCACUACAUCUCAGAGUUCGACCAUCCAUACUUCUGGGAGUGGGCAUUCUGCCCCCAAUCCCAAUACGUGACGGGAAUGCAGAUGCAGGUCGAAAAGGGACAAUUUCGCCUCUCUUGCACCGACAUUAACCAACCAAAGCCAAGAAGACAAACAGACCUCGAAAUGUCGGAGGAUACCAGCAGCGAUCUUUUCAAUGAAAACAUAUCCAUUGGAAUUUGGGAGUUUGAGGAGGAAUUAAGUGAACGAGCUGAAUGUCCCGGAGUAGCGAUCGGAUUCCAAAUUUUGUAUUCCGACCGGUUUGAAACUAUUCAAGCGAUUCGGUUAUUCUGUUCAUUUUCAAAUUCCCCAAAGCAAAUACCUUACAUCAAGACUAUUUUACCAGUCAGGGAUAUUACUACUGCCAAAUACGUUUGGGGUAAGCCGGAAAUGUGUCUUAAAAAUCAAGCCAUUUGUGGCUUCAAGGCGAAAACGUCCCUUGAUGCGACACACCAUUUGAAAGUCAAAUGCUGCACGGUUCCCCGCAUGGAAGAGAUUUGCGUGCCGCACGAUGCCUACGAACUCGUCGUAGAAUGUGACGCCUUAGCAGCCCAUGCCGAAACUUCUUGCCAAUACACGUUAUCCGAAGGGGUGACCAUUUCCCGGCAAUACGUGGCCUCUACCAAGAAUGAGCAACAAUUAAGAAACAGCCUCUCAAAAGAGUGGACGCUGACUGGGAGCGAAACCCUGCGUGAAACCGAGGGCAGUAUGGAUUCUUUGACCAACUCAAAUUCGCAAGGAGUCUCCACCUCGGUGGGAAAUACGGCGAGUAACUCCGUUUCAAAUUCUGACACGAGAGGGCAGUCAACCUCUCACACGAAAGGAAGUUCGUCCUCUCAUACGCAAGGUCACAGUUGGGGAACCACGCACGGAAGGACGGAAGGAAGUUCGGUGGAUAAUACGAGAACUUCGGGUCUCACAGUUUCGACAGGGUUCACACAACGGGAGAAUGUCGGUUCGACUUCUUCCCGCGGUGGGGCGACGUCUCAAACUAUUUUGGCCACGACGAGUACAGGCCAAACGUACUCGGACUCGACUUCUGACACGAUCGGCGUGUCGGAGGGAUGGAUGGGGGCGACCUCGCGAGGAAGCAGUGUCGGUGCGGGGGUUACUGAUUCGUUUUCGAAUUCGGACUCAUGGUCGAAUACGGGCAGCUUUUCUCAGUCUCAGGGUUCCCAAGAUUCUUCGACGUCAGAUACUAGAUCGUCCAUAGGGGGAAGUGCGGGUGGCAAAUUUCUCGGGAUAGGGGCCGAGCUGAACACUAAUUUCGAACAGGGUUAUUCAUAUACGCAGUCUAAUUCGCGGGAUGAAUCCCGUUCCGAGUCGAACACAUUGGGCGGUGAUAACACUAGGCAGCAAGGGGUUUCGAAAAAUGUGGAAAAUAACAGGCAACACAGUUUCCAGCAAAGUGGGGAAGGUUCGGCGUCAAAGACGGGGUCGAAAGGACAGGAAAAUAGACACGAUUCGUCAAUAGCACAAGGAAGUGAGAAUUCCGCGAAUUGGCAAGAUUCUGUAACAAGAGAUCGUGGCACGGAGCAUAGUCAAGGCGUGGAAAAAUCUGAAUCCCAGUCGCAAACUUUUAGACAAAGUGUGGAAAAUACAUUCACUUCGAAUGAACAAAGUAACGUGGAAAAUACGCAAACUGAGAAUCAAUCUGAGACGAAGGAGGACACGGUAACAAAUCAGAAAACGAUGACUUCCGAAGCCUCGAGGACAUCCACAGACACCAAAAACUUCGAAACUUCAUUCCAAGUUUCCAAACAAAUUAGUAAAGAUGUCUCAAAAGAGGUUAGUGCAUCCACCUCGGGAAAAGAUGGGACCGCACAAGACCGACAAUUCACUACGGGUUAUGACUGGAGCAAGACGUCGGGACAAACGUGGACAGUGCAGAAGGAAUAUCAGGUCGGAAUGACAGUUCCGGCCGGGAUGAGGACAAAAUUAUUUCAAGCGGUCGGAUAUUGUGGAAAUUUUCAGGUCAGAACGAACAAUUUUAAGCGAGAGGACGAAUUAGCGGAGUGGAGAAAGGAUGAAACGCACUAAAAAACGUUAUUUAUUCAUUUGUUUAUGUAUGAUUUUAAAAUUCUUACUAAGGUGUUAAUGUGUGUAAUUAAAUACGCUGAUUACAAAAAAUUA